AUGGGCAAUGCGCAAAGUACCAGAGUGCCCGCCACUCAAAGACGCUGCGAAUACUUGACAUCAUCAACACCUCGCUGCUACUUUGCAAACUGCCGCAAAAGCUAUGGAAAUACAAACUGCACCGGCGACAUCCCCUUGGCAUCUUUGCCCCAAAUUCUCCAGGAAUUUGCCGAGAUUGGUGGUUGGCUGGGGGUGAGAUACCUGUUGAUCGACCCGCUGCGCGUUUAUCAGGACUCGGCAGCCGACCGGAAGCAGGAGGCCAGCAUUAUGGGCGACACAUACGGCGGAGCUCUGAUCAACAUGGCCGCGACAGACGCCGGCGCCGCUGGCGGGUGGGAUGAUUACGCGGCGGCGCGCACAGGCCCUCCUGUCGGUCUGAUGCGGGUACCCGGAGGAGCGCCGAUUCAGCGCCGGAAACUUGACGACCUGAACGAUUUCGAGAUUGCAUGGUUAUGGCAAAACAGUGCUGGAAAAGGUGGGUCUGCCUUCAAUAUACCGCACCUGUUGAUUCAUGGGCAGACAUGCGUGUAA